AUGGAUGUUAAAUAUAAAAAACAAAUAACGAAAUUAGUUAAAAAUAAGUUUGGUAAUAUAAUAGAAAAUGAUUUUCAGAAUAGAUUUUCCAAGGAUGAUAUUUCUUUUGACACUACAAACUACGUAAAUGAACUGUUAGACAAGUACACGUCGAAUGAUGAAUUUAAAAAAUUGGAAAAUCAAUUCAUGGCGUACAAAUUGCAAGAGCUUACAGAUGAAAAAUCACCGGAACAAUUAAAUAAAGAAUAUUUAUCAGAUUCGGUGGAUUUUAUGGCGCCGGCGGAAUUUCAAAAGUCUAUUAACGUGGAUGUAGUUAAUAAUUUACAAAAUAAUUCAAAAAGUUGUCAAAUACGAUAUUUGAAAGAAUUGGAACUUUAUGUAGAGGAUUUUAUCGAGCUACCCUCUUGGAUCAAUUUAAAAAAAUGUCUUGAAACAUAUUUGAGAAAAAAAUUUAACAGACAAAUUCAAAUAUUAACAUUAAAGGUUUUUCAAAGGCUACUGUUUUCCACAAAACAACAUGUUAUUUGUGAAUCAUUUAUGUCGCUUACAGAAACUAUUUUUUUCCUGAUAGAUUCUAACAAUUCGAUAUAUAAUAGAAAUGUUUGCUUAAAAGGAUUCGAAACAUUUAAUAAUAACGAAGAAAGAAAAAAUUUUUUUUUUCAAAGGACGCAAAAUUUUAAAGCGGCGGAAAUAUCAAAUACCGAUUCGGAAAUUUUAUUAAAAUCUAUGCUGUUGUUAAUAAAAUGCCAAAAACAAAUAUCAGGAAAAUGGGGUCGUUUCAACGAUUUAAGACUUAAAAAUGUUAUUUUUUCUUUCGUACAUUUGCUUGCUUCAACAACCACAACAAAGCACAAAAAAUUUACCGGGUUAGAAUUGAUAUCAAUAUUAAAUCCAACAGGAAACUGGUGCCGGUAUUGGUGUCAUACAGCUCCUGGAAGAUCCCUACUUUGUUCCGCUUUAAAAAAGUAUAAAAAUUUUUUUUCUCACAUUGUUGAAAAAAUAUUGAUUAAAAUAGAAAAAAAAAAUAAUAAUAAUAAUAAUUCUUUUACGUCGUUCAUUAAAAAAACUAAAACAAUAGAGGAACUUGAAUCGAUUGAUGGUGAAAGAGGUAAACAGUAUUCAAGUGUUAAAGACAAUGGAAAAAAUGAAACAGUUCAUAUUUACUCAGCUCCAAUUACUAGUUCUAAAAGGUUGAAAAAACAAGUUAAUUCAAGAUUUAUAAUAGAAAAUAUUCCCAAAGAUGUUAUGGAAGAAGCUUCAUUUUGCCACAGUUUAUCAUUGAUAGUAAUAUUAACACAGUUUCAUGUCGGCCAAACACUUUUCCCCGUGCAGACAUCUAUAAGAAAACGAUCAUUAAGUCUUCAAGAUUUAUCAUCAUCCAUUAUCAGUUAUCUUAACGGUUUUAAAAAUUUUAAAAAUGAUAUUGAAAAUGUGCAAAUCACUUCAACAUAUAGACAAUAUUUAAUUCAAUUAUUAAAUACAUUGGAAAAAAUAAAAAACUAA